GAACGGUUCUGGACUAUCAGCUAUGACCGCGUGUCCAUCACCGUCUAUACCCCCAGGGGAAGGUGACUCGAAAGCGAAUUCACGGGGGGUGCCUGUAACCGAAUUCACCAGAGUAGGAGAAAGGAAACCUCGAAUGGAUAUAUUAAAGCGCUUUCUUCAUCACCAGUUUUUCUCUAUCUCUCUUGUUUGUGUUAAGGACCCACACCGCAGUAGUUUCACCUUCAUUGCACAGUUUUAUUGCAAUACAUUCCUUCUGAAACGAUCAAUUUCUUACUUUCCUUGACAUCUAUACUUGUCUCCUCUUUCUAGGAUUCCAUUAUGCCUUCCUUCAGGAAUACCUUUGCCGCAGCUCUUCUUGCUUCGAUGCAGGGAGCUUAUGCUACUUUGGAUACCUCAUCUACUACCAACAUAGCUGUCUACUGGGGUCAGAACUCGUACGAUCAGUCGAGCGGAGAUCUUGCCCAGCAGCCCUUGGCUUACUACUGUGACAAUGAUGAUAUCGACGUCUUUCAACUUGCUUUCGUUACCAUGAUCAACGGACAGGGUGGCGCUCCGGAGGUCAAUUUUUCCAAUGCUGGAAACAACUGCACUACCUUUGAUGGUACUGCUUUAUUGAACUGUCCUCAAAUUGGUGCCGAUAUUACUACUUGCCAGAGCAAGGGAAAAACUAUCCUCCUUUCUAUUGGAGGUGCCACCUACACUGAGGGCGGUUUCACUUCAGAAUCCGCUGCUGUCGCGGGUGCCAACCUGAUUUGGGAGACCUUUGGGCCUCAGUCGUCUAGCUCUUCGGUCAACCGUCCUUUUGGAGACGCUGUGGUUGAUGGAUUCGAUUUCGACUUUGAGGCCACAGUUAGCAACAUGGCAGCAUUUGGAAACCAGCUACGGAGUCUGAUGGAUGCCGAUACUUCCAAGAAGUACUACCUUACGGCUGCGCCGCAAUGUGUCUACCCUGAUGCUGCUGACAACCAGAUGCUUGAUGGGGCUGUGUACUUCGACGCAAUCUGGGUGCAAUUUUACAACAACUACUGUGGUGUGAACUCCUACGUCGCCGGCUCCUCUACGCAGAACAACUUCAACUUUGACACCUGGGACAACUGGGCCAAGACCACCUCGAAGAACCCGGAUGUCAAGGUCUUCUUGGGUGUCCCUGCCAACACUGGUGCCGCCGGAACCGGCUACUUGCCUGCGUCCAGUCUGGCUCCCGUCAUCCAGUAUUCCAAGACUUUCUCCAGCUUUGGAGGCGUGAUGAUGUGGGAUGCUAGUCAGGCAUAUGCUAACAGCGGCUUCAUCAGCGCGGUCAAGUCAACCUUGACGACUACUGCGUCUCGCGUUAUGCGACGUAUUGCACUCUUUUAGAAAUCCAGGGCAUUGAUUGUCUUCGUCAUAUCUCUCCCUAGUGGAGAGCGUGUCUAUGCCACAACCAUCUGGAUCGUGCGCAUCUGCGC